UGGAGCAGUUCAUAUUGUCAACUGAAUUAAAAUGAAAUUGCGGACUUUAAGAUUUCUAACGUUUUUGUUUUUGGUGGAGGUACGCAUAUCUCUAGCCGAUUUCGACUCAGUUAAAACUUCGAUAACUAUUGAACAAAGCACGGAAAACAAAUGCAAUGGUUACUGUUUUUCGGUUUAUAAGCCCAUAUUCGAUCUUGUUAAUUUGAAAGAUGAUCAAAUAAAAAGGCAAAAUGAAGAAAUUAUUAACCUAAAAAAUCAAAUCAAGUCCAUGGAGACAAAGUGCGAGCAAACUACCGAAAAUUUUCCGGACUCAUGUCCCAGUGGCAAUAAAAAUGGAAUUUACCAAAUUAAGAUAAAGGGUAUGGAGCCAUUUAAAGUGCCUUGCAUGUCGCCUGUUUCUGGAUGGUCGGUAAUCCAGAGGCGUUUUGACGGAUCUGAAAACUUCAAUCGUACCUGGGAGGAUUACAAGAAUGGUUUUGGGGACGUGAAAGGGGAGUUUUUUAUUGGGCUAGAAAAGUUGCAUAGGAUGACUGAAGAACGAACUUAUGAACUUUAUAUUAGACUUCGAGAUGUUAAUGGAAUCAAUCGCUAUGGUGCUUAUGAUAGUUUUAAAAUCGGCAGUGAAGAGGAGUCGUAUGAGUUGAAAACGUGGAGUAGAUAUUCCGGUAACGCCGUUAACUAUAUUGAAAACUACGGGGGAAACAAGUUCACCACUUUUGACCGGGAUAAUGUCAAUAAUGGAAACUGCUCUGAAGCUUACUACGGUGGUUGGUGGUACAAUGAAUGUGCCGAGAGUUCGCUAAAUGGAAUAUAUUAUAAAGGUCGCAACAGAGAUGAGUCAGAAAGAAAUGGAAUUUUCUGGAGUACCUCGGAUGACUACUAUAUUGAGAAGUCCCUCACAUUUGUUGAAAUGAUGAUUAGACCGAUAUCUUUUCAAGAUUUAGUCUAAGCUUAAACUGAAAAAGAAAUCAUUUGAAAAAUUAAAAAUAAAACAAAACUCCAUUACAUUUUUUAAAGAAGCAUUAAAUUAAAUUAAUGAUAAUCAAAACAAGUUGAAGGUUAUAUUUAUCCGUUUUGAAUAAAAUUAUAUGUAUUAA